AUGAAAGCAUAUUAUACUACCGGAGCAUCGAUAGUAUGCGCUUUGAUCAGGACGACUGCCGCAGUAUCGGUACAGGAGAACUAUACCAUAUGCAGUUGGGCUCGACUUCGAGCUGGUGUGAUACGAGAUGCUCUGUAUCUUGAUGGAGGUCUCCUCUGGUGGCAGACUGCAUUCGCCGAUGGAACUGCCCCAGUGGUGAGCAGUGAUGGAAACGUGGCUGGGGACAUGUUUCGUUUGAACUUUUCGACACCAUUUGAUACAACAAAAACCAACGUGUCGGGUCUCUUCGACCGAAUGUCAAAGGCUGGCGGCGCAGGAAACAAUAUUGCUCCAAACUAUGUCGAUGGAACAAUGUUCACUAAUGAUGGAGAGCUUUAUCUUUACGGUGGGCUUCCUCGUCUCACAGAUUCAGCCUCUGCACAAAGCGCAGACGCUGUCCUGGGCUAUGAGGCUGUUCAAUACGGCCCUGACAGACAAAGCUGGGCUCCUGGGUUUUACCAAGGGAGUCUUCCCAAUGGUGUCACAAGAUAUAUCACGAAUGGGGCAGGUACAUCUGUUCCUAGUGAGAACCUAGGCUUUUACUUCAGCGGCACGCGUUCGCCGGACUGGGGUCCAAUAUACUACGAAGACUCGUCUGCCAACCAGACCGCGAACACUCUUAUAGAGGUCGACAUGGCAACAAUGAGAGACGAAAAGUGGACCAAUACCACUCUUCCAGACAACAUCCAGCCGCGAGCCAACGCCGAACUCGUCUGGAUUCCCGUUUCAGACAAAGGGGUGCUCGUUGCCAUUGGCGGUGUUAUUGCGCCAGAGGAGAUCUGGGCAUCUGGUCUAAAUAACUCGCAAACUUCGGAAAGCCAAGCGCUGAGUCCCAGUUUCAUGACGAGCUUGCCUGUCUAUGACAUCGCCUCACAAACUUGGUUUCUGCAGAAUACUACUGGUGACGGCCCUGGACAAUUGACAGAAUUCUGCUCUGUGGUCGCGCCUGCGAAGGACUCAUCGUCCUUCAACAUUUACAUUUACGGAGGCUAUGAUGGCCUCAAUGCUGCCGAUCAACCUUCGGACGACGUUUGGAUUCUGUCCAUACCCGCGUUCGCCUGGAUCAAAGCAUACAAUGGCAACCCGUCUCAUGGCCGGUCUGGUCACCAAUGUGUUACCGCCUAUCCCGACCAGAUGUUCGUGAUCGGGGGCGUCCACCAGAAUCAAGCCGUCUGCGUUGAAGGUGGUAUAGUCCAGGUGUUCAACCUCAACAAGCUUGAAUUCCAAGACACGUACGAUCCGAACACUUGGUCUGAUUACGAAGUUCCUGCCAUAGUCAGGCGCGCUAUAGGAGGCAAUGCUCAAGGAAGCUCUGCGAAGACGGCAUCUUGGUCUGAUAACGCCCUUGGUGGGAUCUUCUCCCAGAAAUACUCCAGACAAAUCGAACAUUUCUACCCCUACAGGUCCAGUAGCAAACCAUCAACUGGAGGCAGCUCUGGAGUGAGCAAGGGCGCCAUCAUCGGUAUCAGCGUGGCUGCGGCCGUAAUAUUCCUCCUUACCACAAUCUUGCUGCUUUUGCUCAUCCGCCGUCGUCGACUCAUUCACAGUGGCUCCUCCGAGAAAUCGGUGCGAUCCAGCAGCAGCCGGGUCUCACGCUGGUUGAACGGCGCCUCGUGCGCCUCUGAUCCGAAAACGAACUUGUCAAGCUCGCCGCCAGAGGUACAGCAGGUCCCGUACACCUCAGUUGAACAGGAGCCAGCACCACCGCUUCAGCCUCAGAGGCACGAAAUGGCAAGCACGGAGCGGCCCAAACCUCCAUUCGAACUCGCGACGCCGUACAACAAUCUCGACCAGCCACGUCACUCGGGUAUAGUAGACUACGCCUACAAUGCCAACUAUGGCCACACCUACUCAACUCCGAAUUCCGAUUCCAACACCAACACCAACACCAACACCAACACCAACACCAACUCCUCGGGACCGUACCAACCUUCGCCACUCGCCAGCGUCAAUGGGUACCCUAACAACUCAGGGGCCUCUCAGCUGCGGAAUACCCGGAUACUACCGUCAGGGCCCAGCCCGCCCGACGAUGUCUCCAGCAGCUACAGCCACCGAUCAUCCACAGGGACUGACGACACUCCGCCGUGGCCUCUGCCAGCGAGACAGAAUAACUGGCGCUACCGUCAGAACCCCUCCCGCCCGUUUGGGCAUGACAGAGGCCAUGGUAGCGAUAGUAGCUCCAUGCAGCCUAUCAUCCAAGAACUCGCGGGAAGUAGUCAUCCACAUGAGAGCGCCGCCACAGACGAAGGAGGUCUAGGAGGCUAUUCCUACCAUCACCAGAAUGAGUCGACUAGUAGUGGGCUUGGGACUUUGCCAUCUCCUAACAAUGCCCCAGAGGGCAGCACCACACCUCAAGAUGAAGAGCAUAGACGCAGUCGUCUUGAGAUGAUCAGUCCCGUUAGCCCGAUUUUGGGCCGUCGUCAGCGCUUCUAG